GAGCAACUCCCGGUACCCGAACAACAAGAGCUCGAGACAGGUUACGAUUGCAAGAUUUGACCGAUUGCACGCUUUUUUUGAUUUUAAUAAAAUAGUUGAAUGUACACAAAUUAAUGCCAACAUGAAUACCAAACUACUUGAUAACGCAAAACUUUUGGUAUUGAUGAGCUCUUCUUGAAAAUGACAGCUUUUUAUUCAGACUGUUUCCGAUUAAAACUAAGAAACGUUUUGGCUUUUUGGAGUUUUAUACGCAACAAAGCGUGUAUGACCUUGACCUGACGAGCGCUUUGUGAUUCAGCGAAAAGAUUUCCGUCUACUCACCGUGGCUGUUAGAAAUUGUUGAUAUGUUGCCAGUAGCUUAGGAUAUGGAAUGCAGAAAGUGAAUUUACAGCUACUGUACUCAGUAUUUUAGUUGUAAGCGCAUAGAGAGUUUUCAUUAAUCUGUUACAGACACAAUGCAGGUGGACAGACAGCUUGUUACAGAUGGCAUCAGAGUUUUGCAGUAUAAAUCAUACUUAUGCAAUGCCUACUGGCAUCUAAUACCCUGAAAAAUGCACUUGAUUGAGAGUACAGUACUUAUUUGAGACAGAAAAAAAGGUUAGGCAGAUGCCGGAACAUGGUUUGAAGAUUAUUAAGCGUAACCUGGACUUACGUAAUCUAGCUGCAAUAUCUCUAUCUUGAUUAUUUUACUAAACGGCAUAGGAACGAGUAUAAAAAGGCAUUCUAUUGAAAGAGAGCGUAUGUGCACAUCGCUAUUAAACAGCUGCAUGUGAUUCAUUGAAUAUAAUAAUCAUACCAUUCUUCCGGAAAAAAAUGGAAUACGUAAUUGCAUUGACGUUAAGCGCGUAUUUGCUGUUUGCCACUCCAGUAACAGCGGACCUCUGCGCCGACCUACAGGCAACAUACGACAGGGUCCGACCCGACGAAUUUGUGAGUUAUCUACGGCCAAAUGACAGCAGCUCGCUAUGGCCGGUUAGCGCAGCGGAUGUGCAAAAAUACAAGACAGCAGGAAACAAUUACUGCACUCGACACUCUGAAAUAGGGGUGAGCAUGAAAUCCCUGUAUAAGAAGUGCCCCGACGUCUACAACCGUAUGAAAAGGACUUCUGGUGGAUGGUUUACUGCUGAAUGGUUUACUACCAUGGGUCGGCUGUGCGAAACGCAAGUGGACCCGGUUAAAUUCAUUCGCGCAGGAGACCACUGUCAAAAAAAGGAAAUGGGGACGUACUUUGCCUGCUGUUAUAUGGGCGUUACAGACGACACAAAUAAGGACACCAGUGAGUCCAUUGCCCAUCAGCAGAUCUGCAGCCGGUUAAGCGAUACCGUGAAAAACAUCGACGGCCCGCGAGGCGUCCGAAUGGUUUCACAAUGUGGACAGGACGCUGUGCAGACGCUUAAGGACGCAUAUCAGCAGUUGCGCACCGUCACCUGCAAGAACUGAUUACGGCAUUGCUUCACUGCAGCGAUGGAGCAGGGUUGUCCUGAUUGUUGUAGACGUUAAGCUGAUUAAGAAAACAAACAAAUUGCGAUUUAUUAUUCUGGUUAUGUUAGGUCCAAAAUUUUAUUGUGGGAAGAAUUUGAAUUGAACUAUAUUCAUAUGACGCCCUUUCAAAACCGUUGGCUUUUCUAUCCGUUAGCGCCAAAAAUUGCGUGAGUGUCAACCUGGUUUUGCGAUGUCAUGUAAGGCUAAAAUUUAUUCUUUUUGCAAUAAAACGUUUUGCUUCUUUG